ACGAAUUGACCCGUUUUUUAGCCCAAUUUUACACGGACAAACUGAAAUUGACGAGAUCUCGAUACCGCACAAUUCUCACAGCACCGCCAUUGUUCCACCUCGCAGAUGGAGAAGGGAAAAGCAGUGAUGGGUAUGGGGCGCAGAUGGGCCGUCGAGUUCACCGACUGUUCAGCCUCUUCUUCAUCUCGCGACAUCCCCGAUCCUCCUGGUUUCGUUCGCGCCCCUCAAGAUCAGGACGAUUCAUCAGUGAGCCGCGAGAAGAAGAAUGCCGAAUCCAGUUGGAAAGCUCAGAAAGCAUGGGAAGUGGCACAAGCUCCGUUCAAGAAUUUGAUGAUGAUGGGUUUUAUGAUGUGGAUGGCUGGAACUACAGUCCACCUAUUUAGCAUAGGGAUCACAUUUUCAGCCCUUUGGCAACCCAUAAGUGCUCUACAAGGUGUUGGGAAAGUUUUUGAACCUUACAAGGAUAGUAAAGUGGAUCUUCUCGGGCCAAAAUUACUGUUCAUUGCUUUAAAUUUGGCUGGUUUAGGAUUGGGCAUCUGGAAGCUGAAUACAUUGGGUCUUCUUCCAACUCAUCCAUCGGAUUGGGUGUCGUCUUUGCCACCUCCUCAGGAGGUGGAGUAUUCUGGUGGGGGUAUAGGCUUACACUAAAGACCUUGUCUAGAUUGUAAUCGUGAGGAAGAAAGAGUGUUUUCGUCUUCGACAGCUUGUAAUUUUUUUUUCUGAAUUUAAUUUUGGGUUAUAUAUUUGUGCAACUCUUUUGAACUGAAGGACUGUAAUCUUAUGAUCAUAUAUGAUCUUGGCUAAGUUGAGGAUUAGUGUUCCACUCAGCUGGGAAAUCUUCAGACCCUUUUUUUAUGAAUCAAUGAGAAAAUUGUGCCAUGAAACAAGUGGGAC